AAAGGAAAGACUUUGGCUUUAUGCCGUCGGGAGUCGGCUUUUCGCGCUCCUCGAAAAAACACUCUUUUUGUCCCAUAAUAAUUCUCGUUUCUUGUUUCAUCGUUCACACCGAAGACCUCUCUCACCCUCUGUGCCCAAGAAUUUUUGAAUGGAGUCCUCGAAUCCUCUGUUGCGGAGGUACCGCAGCGAUCGUCGGAAGCUACUGGAGUUCCUGAUGUCAUCCGGCAUCAUCGGAAAGAUUACAACUCCGGCGGGACCUACUACCUCCUUUUCCAACAUCGACUUUGAUGCUAUCAGCAUUGAUUACGUUCUUGAAUGUGUUGAGUCUGGUGGCGUGCUUGAUGUUUCUGAAGCAACUAAGAGAUAUUACUUCGACUCUACACAUCCAGUAAUGAGGCACUUGCAAUCAGGGGAUGUUUUUUAUCUUCAUUCAGAUCCAGAUGCAGCUGGAUCUCCACCUCAUCGAGUUCCACCACCAAUUAUCACGAACCAAAGGGAGUUUGUCGAAUCACGCAAUUCUCAAUGGUCAAAUCCAGCUGGUGAAAGAUCACAGUUACCCUCUAAGCAAGCAACUGCAGCUCCAGAUAUAAAUUCCCUGCAUAACGCAAGUAUUCUUUCAGUAGGUUUGCCAACUCUUAAAACAGGUCUACUGGAUGAUGACAUGCAGGAAUCUGCUUAUGAAGUGUUUCUUGCAUGUAUGCUGUUUUCUGGGGUGGAAAUACACUCGACUGAGGGUAAAAAGAGAGAAAAAAGUUCUAAGUUUCUUGCAGGGUUGAAGAAUAGAAGAGAUAAACGGCAUACAGAACGACAUAUAGAAUCCGAAUCUCCUGAAAGGCAUUUCAAGGUCCUUGACACCAUUCGCAUACAAAUGCAGAUCUCAGAAGCAGCAGAUACAUUUAUUAGACGAAGAUUGACACAGUUUGCGACAGGGAAAUCUUGCGAAUCAAUUGAUAUUCCACAAUUGUCAUUGGUGCUUCUUACUGGUGCAUUAAGAUCUGAUUUUCCAAGUGAGAAAUCAUACCUGAAGUGGAAGAACAGACAAGCAAGUGUUUUCGAAGAACUAGUUUCUUCUGAUGAUAGGAAGACCGAAAAGCAGCUGAUUGGAACUUCACUUGAAAAAAUUAGAAAUGCACAGGAAUGGGAUAUUAAGAUGUCUCCUUCUCAACGGAGUGAUGUUCUUUUAACUCUUCGACAAGUUGCUUUGGCAUUCUCAUCCAUACCUGGGCGCUUUGGGGUGGAGGGAGAAACAUACUAUUGGACAACUGGUUAUCAUUUGAACAUUAGACUCUACGAGAAGUUACUCUGUGGUGUAUUUGACAUUUUGGAGGAUGGCCAGCUCAUAGAGGAAGCAGAAGAGGUCCUGAAAUUGAUGAAGUUGACUUGGUCAAUGUUGGGCAUCACAGAGAGGCUGCAUCAUGCAUUAUUUGCAUGGGUGCUUUUUAAACAGUUCGUUGCAACCGAGGAGGCAGUACUAUUGGACUAUGCAAUUUGUGAAGUUGAGAGAGUUCUAUCUGCUGGAGUUUAUGAUGACAAGGAAGUGGCUUAUUUGAAGAGCCUGACAUGUUUCACCAUUGGCAAUGGAUGUGAGAUUAGAUUGAAUUUGCUCCAGUCUAUAUUUUCAUCAAUUACCUCUUGGUGCGAGAGUAAAUUGCUGGAUUAUCACCUACAUUUUAGUCAGAAAUCAUCAUUCUUUGAGAGGGUGUUGACAUUGGUAUUGUCUGCUGGGGUUCAGGAUUUUGUUCCACAUGGAAAUAACCAGUUUGCAGGAUCUUGCCUUCCUGAUGAGAUGGCCCGUGAAAAGAUCAAAAAGUAUGUCGAGAAAUCUUUGGAUGCUGCAUGCAAGAGGGUAACUGAACUUACUACUAUUGGGUCUGCCAAAGAUAAGAUGCAUCCACUUGCAAUCCUUGCAAGUGAACUUAGAUUGAUUGCUGAGAAGGAUCUUUCGCUAUUUGCCCCAGUAUUACGUCGUUGGUACCCCAGAUGCGCUAUAGUCUCAGCAAAAACGUUGCACCAGUUUUAUGGUGAAAGACUGAAGCCGUUUCUCAAGGAUAUUACAUGCCUCACCGACGAUGUCAGGAAAGUGCUUCCUGCUGCUUAUGCGUUGGAGCGUUGCCUUAUUCAGCUUUAUUCUUCAGCUUGUGAAGGAAAUGAUUCACAAUAUUGCCAAGAAUUUGACCAUUACCCGAUUGCUGAAAUUUCAAGGUCCAUCAUUCUAGAUUGGGUGGUCGCACAACACGACAGAAUUCUGGAAUGGACUGGACGAGCUUUUGAUCUUGAGGAUUGGGAACCUUUAUCAUUUCAGCAAAAACAGGCAGCUUCAGCAGUUGAAGUGUUUAGGAUCAUAGAGGAGACAGUAGAUCAAUUUUUUGAGUGGAGUCUUCCAAUGGACAUCACUCAUUUACAAGCUCUACUAUCCAUUAUUUUCCACAGCCUGGACAAUUAUUUGGUGAAAGUGGUUAGCCAGUUGGUUGAGAAGCAAAGCUUGUAUCCUCCUACUCCUCCACUGACUCGUUACAAGGAAGCAACAUUUCCUAUUGUCAAGAAAAAGGCAGUGGAGAGUUUCAUUAUAGAUGAUGAAAUAUAUAAACAGUUAGAUGAAUUGACCGCUUCCAAGCUUUGUAUCAGAUUGAAUACUUUCCGAUAUUUUCAAAAACAAAUCUCUGCUCUUGAAGAUGGCAUUAGAAAGUCGUGGGUAUCCGUCACAUCAUACCAAACAGACCGACAUUGUCUUCAAGCUUAUUCUCCAUUUCACUCAGCAACAGGAAAAACUUCUGGGAAUUCUGAGACAACAGAUGUGAAUGCUGAAUCAGUUUCUGAGCUUUUUGUUGCCACACUGGACUGCAUCAGGGAUUCUGCUGCUAAUGCAAUUAGAAAGACCAGCGAUUUUCUUGGAACCAAAAUUGUGUUCUGGGACAUGAGAGAUUCAUUCCUAUAUUAUUUGUAUCAUGGAGGUGUUGAAGGAAAUCGCUUAGAUGAUGUACUUCCGCAAUUUGAUAGCGUCCUCAAUAAUAUAUGUGGUUUGGUUGAUGAUACGAUCAGAGACCUCGUGGUGUCAAACAUCUGGAAGGCAUCACUAGAAGGAUUUAUGUGGGUGUUGCUCGAUGGAGGCCCUUCACGUGCAUUUUCUGAUACAGAUAUUCCCAUGAUUGAAGAAGAUUUCAAUAUGUUAAAGGACUUGUUUGUCGCUGAUGGAGAAGGCCUUCCUCGUUCAUUAGUUGAGGAGCAAGCAAAGUUUUACCAUCAAAUUCUGAACUUGUUUUCCCUGAAGACUGAAUCGUUAAUACGGAUGUUGAUGGCAUCCAGUGAACACAUUUCAGUAGGUGUAAGUAGUCAUAAGUAUGGGCAACGAUAUCUAGGGGAUGCUCACACUUUGAUACGUGUAUUAUGCCACAAGAAGGACAGGGAAGCUUCAACGUUCUUGAAAACGCAUUAUCGGCUUCCGUCAUCUUCUGAGUAUGAUGAUGAGACUGCGGUCGAAAACUCCAGCUUCAGUUCACCUCUCGCUUCAGAUAUCUGGAAGCGAAGUACAUCUUUUAGUUGGUCCGAGAAAGGUCAUAGCAGCUUCAGGUCUAUAAAGAAGAAGCUUCAAGAAGCCACAUGGAAAUGAAAAACACGUGGUGGCUUAGCUGAUUACUGCUACAAUCAGAAGCAUCCACGUCACUGAAUCAUACAAGCUACAAACAUCUGGAAACGGGCGACAAAACUCUGGGGCCUUACGCAGCAAGUGAAGAACUGUACAGCUCGCAGGUAACUUUGUGUAGAGACAAGAGCAGAGUGUCUGAAACAGAAGGCAUGCAUGGAGCAAUUUGCUUUGCCAUAUCACUGAGAUUGAUCUUGUUUCAGUUACUGGUUUCGGAAAGGACCAGUUCACGAUCAUCGAGUUUUUCGUGAUGGAUUAGUCCAUAAUAAAGUGGUAUCAGAACAGGAUUCCAUGUUCGUGUGUUUAAGUGUUUGAGGGCUCACAACGGAUGAGCGUGUUUGAAUUGGAUGGUAGAGAAUAUAAUAAUAUGAUCAUAUGAUCGAACAUCACAUUGUUCUUUUAUUUUUUUAAUUAACUUCAAAUUAGUCUCUUUACAAUGAUUUUUCGGCAUUAAUUUGCA